AUCCCGCGACAUCUACGACAACUGCCUUUCCCGGAUCCGACUUGAAUCGCAUCCAAAUCACCCGCCACAUUUCACCCUCGUUCCGCACCAACACAGCUCCCCGCUAUCUGCCCAACAUGGCUGACUCCCUCACCGAAGAGCAAGUCUCCGAGUUCAAGGAGGCGUUCUCCCUGUUUGACAAGGACGGCGAUGGCCAGAUCACCACGAAGGAGCUAGGAACUGUCAUGCGUUCCCUCGGCCAGAACCCCUCUGAGUCGGAGCUUCAAGAUAUGAUCAACGAGGUUGAUGCCGACAACAACGGCACUAUUGACUUCCCCGAGUUCUUGACCAUGAUGGCCCGCAAGAUGAAGGACACUGACUCCGAGGAAGAGAUCCGUGAGGCUUUCAAGGUCUUCGACCGUGACAACAACGGUUUCAUCUCGGCUGCUGAGCUGCGCCACGUUAUGACCUCCAUCGGCGAGAAGCUGACCGACGACGAAGUUGACGAGAUGAUCCGCGAAGCGGACCAGGACGGUGACGGCCGCAUUGACUACAACGAGUUCGUUCAGCUGAUGAUGCAAAAGUAAAAGGCUGCCCUGCACAGGUAAAACGAGAUCCGGCCUCCCCGCAUGCGAGAGCUCCUUGUCCUCGGGCGGGAUAUAGCGGUACUCGUCGGAGGAUCUGGCCAGCGGAUAGUCUGCUAUUACUUCCUUUGAAUGUCGGAGUUGUUUUUAUGCAAGGUUCGGCGAAAGUGUGAUAGUAUGGACAGGACAUGACAGGACAUGAGUUGAGGGACGAGCUAGAUGCUUGGCUUCCCAUUGAUGUGCCAGCGUUUUCGUCUCUGACCAUCCUCACUUGCGCAUGAUGACUAUUUAACGAAUGACACUCUUCCAACCAGCCUUGGAUCUUCUAUCAUCAUGUUUAAAUCAGUCUGAUUUUUAGUUUUAGCGAGCGGUAGACCUCUUCAAGACAAGGCGUAAGACGUCGGAAGAUGACAUCGCUGCUUCAGCCCUACAGCCCUACAAAUCGAUGCAGGUGCGGCAAUGUAGGGUCUUACAGGCCGUUUUUUUCUCGUUCGUCUUCGGUAUCCAGCCCGGGAUUUGCGCGGUACUGACCAACGCCUAACGCCUGGUGGAAAGGCCAUUGACUAUGUGGUGGGAUCGGGGCAGGUCAUCAGUGGGGUUGCAGGCACUGCCUC